AUGCUGCCCGAGCGCGUGAUCUCGCGGCGCGACGCCAACGGCUUCGCCGAGUACUUGGUCAAGUGGCAGCAGCUGCCGUACGCCGAGUGCUCGUGGGAGGCGGCGGCCGACCUGCCCGCCGAGGCAAUCACGCGGUACGAGGCGCGGGAGGGCGGCGAGACGGCCGAGCUGGACGCGGCGGUCGUGCCCAAGGAGCCGGCCGCGCCGCCGCCGACGGCGUGGGUCAAAAAGGACAUGGAGCUCGAGGUGGCGCCGCUGGCGGCCGAGCUGGCUGGCUCGUGGUUCGCGGCGCGCGCGCUCAAGCUCACCGCCAAGCGGCUGACCGUCGAGUACCGCGCGCUGCUGCGCGACGAGAACGAGACGGUGCCGACGCCGCUCUCGGAGAAGAUGCUGCACGCCGACGGCUGGUGGGUGGUCGUCGUCAAGGAAGUGAGCAGCAUGGUCAGUGGACUAGGCACGCCGGCGCACGCGUGGGAGACGGGCGCGCUUGGGCUCGAGACGAGCUUCGGCGCGGGCGAGGGCCUCGAGCCGCUUGCGGACGCGGCGGCGCUGCCGCUGGGCGAGCAGCGCGAGGGGAGGGACGGGCAGACGUGGGAGGUGCGGGUGGGCGACGCGUUCCAGGAGGGGCGCGGCGGCCUCAAGCACAUUUGGGCCGCGGUCGACGUGCUCGCCGCCGACUCGCGCACGCGCUCCGCGGUGAGGACGAUCAAGGGGCGCGUGCCCGAGAAGGUGCCCGGCUCGCGCGUCGUCAUCAAGUACCUCGAGCCCGAGCCGGAGCCGCAGGACCGGCCGGGCGACGGGCCCGAGAUCACCUGCUGCAAGUGCGGCACCGUGCUCGACGACGAGGCGGGCGAGGUGGUGACGCCCUCCGUCGGGUGCGAGAAGGAGGGUUGCUCGCACUGGGCGUGCCUCGGCUGCGCCGGCUUCAAGAGUGAGGCGGACGCGGCCAAGGGCGGGACGUGGUUCUGCCCGCUGCACGGCCCGCCACCGCCGCCGCGCUUCCUCGCCUACCCCGCCGUCGUGCUGCGCCUCUGCAGCCGGCGAGGGUACUGGGCGCUAGAUGCGGAAGGCACGGCCGUGUAUUCCAACACUCAGUAG